UCAAAUGCACUAAUCGAUGAUGUGUGUGAGCCGAGGUCUCAACUAUUGACUACACAGACUCCAAACUCGAGAAGAUGAAGCGUCUAGUCUCUCUAGCGCCACCGUAAAACUGCCCUACCCCGCCGCUGUAUUCCUUUGCUGAUGGCUCAAACUAGUUCACAUGCCGCCGCCACCAUCAAUAGCGGCGUGUUCCGCCGCUUAUUUUGCCCCCUUUCAAAUUACGCUACUCCUUGACGUCCAUUGCGAAUUUAUUUCAGGCGAGGCGACUUUUGUUUAGAGAUAAUAUUUCUUAUUAUACGUCGAGGGAGCAAACAAUUGCCUUCAGCAACUAUUAACGAGCAAAAGGAUGUAAUUGCUCGCAAAAUGGCAGCUCUUCUGGACUUGAUACGUCAUAGUCUGACUGACAAUUGAUUUUAAAUAAUCUGCAGUGAUCCUAUGGAUCAGCUGAAGAUAGUUGUCCAAUGUUGUGAUACUGAAAAUGAACUCACAAAAAAGAAUCAGAAGGGACUUGUGUCACAUGCUUGAGAAUACUGUUUGGUCAUGCAUUUUCUCAUCUCCUGGCUGAAAUGCAAAAACAUGAGUGGUUCUGGUGCCUCAGAUGCAUCAAUUGUUGAGGAUUUGAAGAAAUCCCUCAUGGAGUAUGGGAGUGAGCUUGUUAAACCCUAUGAUUGUACAGAAGUGCUUACUGAAAGACUUGAUAAAUUGGAGCAUCUUUUAUCAGGACAUUCUGAAUUGGAUGUAAGAGUUUCAGUGGUCUCUUGUAUUAGUCAGAUCAUAAGAAUAACAGCACCUGACGAACCUUAUGGGGAAGCCGAUAUGAAGGAGUUUUUCUCUAUAGCUAACAGAGCUUUUGGGAUGUUUCCCUGCAUGUAUGGACGAGCAUAUUCAAAAGCCAUAUCCAUCCUUAAUACUAUGUCAUUUAGCGAGUCAUGCCUUAUGAUGCUGGACCUUGAGUUGCAUGACUCCAUUUUUCACAUGUUUCACCUAUUCCUAGGUGGAAUUAGAACCCAACAUCCUUAUGAAGUCUUCAUAAAUAUGGAGAAAAUUAUGACGAUGGUCAUUCAUAACAACGUGGACUAUGACGAGUUCUCAUUGGUGCUUGUUAAGACCCUUCUUAAUUAUUUGAGGAAGGAGAAUCAGAAUGUUGCACCAGUUUCUUUCAAGCUGGCGGUGAACACAUUGAAGAAUUGCUCUGCUGACCUCAAAACAUAUCUUCCAGAAGCAGUAGGAAGUUUGGAUGUUCCAAUUGAGGAUUAUGCUGAAGUAGUUGUAUCACUUUUUCAGGAAGCAACCCAAAAGCAGAUCACGGUUUGUCUCACCAGUUUUACCUUUUUUCCAUAG